AUGGCCGACCAAGUACAAGACUGGAACCAAAAACCCGAGUUCUUUGAAUUCACAAGGGGGCGCUUCGUGAGCGAUGAAGCCGCACAGGUCGUCUGUCGUCGAGUUCAUUUUGAUAUGAACGAGCUUGCAAAGACGGCUGCGCUUUCCAUGAGCGCAAGGCGGUGUAUCGAUGUAGAGAAAUGCCCUGAUAGACUAUACAACAAAGCCUUCAUCUUCACUCUUGAAGACGGGCGGCAAAUUGUUGGCAAAGUCCCUAAUCCCAUUGCGGGACUUCCGCACUUCACAACCGCCAGUGAGGUCGCUACGCUCGACUUUCUACGAAAUGUUUUGCACCUCCCAGUUCCUCAAGUCUACGCAUGGAGUUCAAGGAGUGACUCGACGCCCGUAGGAGCCGAGUACAUCCUCAUGGAAAAGAUCCAGGGGGUGCCACUUCGUGAGAAAUGGCAACAUCUUGCGCCAAGAGAUAAGGUCAAGCUAUUUUUUCAGAUUGACCGCUAUCAGCAAAAAUGGACGUCAACCAGAUUUCCAAAGAUUGGAAGCUUAUAUUACCGUCGGGACCUACUAUCUCCUCCACCAGAUGACUAUUUGUUCCAGAAUAAUCAAAUGGAACCAAUCUCCAUGUCAGAAUUUGCUGUUGGUCCGGCUGUUGGUCGAGAAUGGGUCGAACAUGGCCGCCAGAGUCUCGUUUGUGACAGAGGCCCAUUUAGGCGAGCCGUAGGAAGCCGAGAAAUCCAGGCUCUGGAUCAAAUCAAGUCAUUUCCCAAACUAGACGUCAUGAUUUGCGGUCCAAAGCUCUAUGUCCCAACAAAGAAUAAAAAGCUCUCGGCGCUGCAGGCUUCUCAGGCGCUUCUCCCUUUCAUUCUUCCUCAACAACCGGAACACCAAUUUGGCUAUCUCUGGCACAACGAUCUCCAUGACGAAAAUAUCUUCGUUGAUCCGCAAAACCCGACCACGAUCACUGGGAUCAUCGACUGGCAGUCAACGCAGAUAUUACCCCUGUACGAUCACAUUCUGGAGCCUUGCUUUCUGGAAUACUCUGGUCCGGAGCUAGGUGAUGCUCUUACUCGCCCUGAGCUACCCCCAAACGUGAACUCACUGCCAUUGCAAGAAAGGAAGGAGGUCACCCGCUCAUAUAUCGAGCAAAGCUUGAUGGUGGCAUGGCGUCGGCUCAUCAAAAACAAUAACCCACUGCAAUACAGUACACUUCAGUUCGGAAACACUACCCUUGGCAACUUGCUCUCCCUUGGCCGUCGUCUUUUUUCACUCGGCGAGGCUCACUUCCUGUCGCUUCUUCUUGACCUUAAGAAUGAAUGGCGUACAAAUCCUGCGGUUCACAAUCCCACAGGCCUCGAUUUCCCUGUCCUUAUCUCUGAAUCUGACGCGGUAACCAUCAAGGAAGACGAACGGCUGGCCGAUGAGGGCAUUCGGAUGAUGAGCUACACAGCGAGAGAAUUUGGGGAUUUGUGGCCGAACAAGGGCUUGAUUCAGCAUGACCAGUACGAAAGGGCAAAGUCAGAACUACGGGAUGCUAAAAAUAAUCUCUCUUCGUACUUACAGCUUUCUAGUUCAGAGCAAGAAGAGUUGGACAGGUACUGGCCUUUUGAUAGCUGA